GGGGAGGCCUGUGAGGGCCGCCGCCCCGAGCCCCGGCCUCCCGCGCCAUGGCCCCCAUGGGCAUCCGCCUGUCCCCGUUGGGGGUGGCCGUGUUCUGCCUGCUAGGGCUCGGCGUGCUCUACCACCUCUACUCGGGCUUUCUGGCCGGCCGCUUCAGCCUCUUCGGCCUGGGCGGCGAGCCGGGCGGCGGCGCGGCCGCAGGGCCCGCGGCCGCGGCCGACGGGGGCACCGUGGACCUGCGCGAGAUGCUGGCCGUGUCGGUGCUGGCGGCGGUUCGCGGCGGCGAUGAAGUGAGGCGAGUCCGCGAGAGCAACGUCCUCCACGAGAAGUCCAAGGGGAAGACGCGCGAGGGGGCCGAGGACAAGAUGACCAGCGGGGACGUGCUGUCCAACCGCAAGAUGUUCUACUUGCUCAAGACCGCCUUCCCUAACGUGCAGAUAAAUACUGAGGAACAUGUAGAUGCAGCUGAUCAGGAGGUUAUCAUAUGGGACCGUAAGAUUCCUGAGGACAUCCUGAAGGAAAUCGCCACCCCCAAGGAGGUACCAGCAGAAAGCGUUACUGUCUGGAUCGAUCCACUGGAUGCUACACAGGAAUAUACAGAGGAUCUUCGAAAGUAUGUCACUACUAUGGUGUGUGUGGCUGUGAAUGGUAAACCUGUGCUAGGAGUAAUACAUAAGCCAUUUUCUGAAUACACAGCUUGGGCCAUGGUAGAUGGUGGGUCCAACGUGAAAGCCCGCACUUCCUACAACGAGAGGACCCCGAGGAUCGUUGUGUCACGCUCCCAUUCAGGAAUGGUCAAGCAGGUUGCUCUUCAGACUUUUGGAAACCAGACCACCAUUAUCCCAGCUGGUGGUGCCGGUUAUAAAGUCUUAGCACUCUUGGAUGUACCCGAUAAGAGUCAAGAAAAAGCUGAUCUGUAUAUCCAUGUGACAUACAUCAAAAAAUGGGAUAUAUGUGCUGGCAACGCCAUCUUAAAAGCCCUUGGGGGGCAUAUGACUACCCUGAGUGGUGAAGAAAUCAGUUACACUGGGUCCGACGGCAUUGAAGGAGGGCUCCUUGCCAGCAUCAGAAUGAACCACCAAGCCCUGGUCAGAAAACUGCCAGAUCUAGAGAAGACAGGACAUAAAUAAGCAAAGCUGAUUACAGGUCACAGUUCUUCCCAAGUUGAACGGUCCGCCGAAAUGCCGGGGGCUUCAAAGCAUCGGUGCAGACUAUGCAUGGUUAAGGCCAUCCUGAACUUUCUGAAGUAUUUAUGAAGCAUCAGAGACUUAUUUUCCCUGUAAUAGGAUGGAAGAUCAGGGAAAAUGGGUUGCUUCGUGUCUCAAGUAUUGUCUUUAUUUUUGAGACGAUUUUCGUACAGUUGUCAAUACACGAGGCGCAUAUAUAUAUAUAUGUAUAUAUAUAUAUUUGUGAAUUAAAAUCUACAGCUGAGUACAUUGUUCUGAGUCACCAUUUUCACACAACAUCACGAACCUUCACUGUUUGUUCGUACUUUCAUAUAGAAUUGGGCUGAAGAAAGGAUUGAUUUUGUGUAGAUUUAAUAAUUACUUUACAAUUGUAUCUCAUUGAAAAUAAAGUUAUUGGGGGUUUUUACCCCUAAUGCAGAUAGAAAGCACAAGCAGCCACACAUUCGUUAAUAUGCAACAAAUGCUCUAUUUAUCUGUUGCUGAAUAUUUCUGAAGGAUUAAAAUAGAAAAACCUGAAACUGUUUUCAUUCUUUGAAAUUUUAAUAACAGGUUCACCAGCUAGUCGAGAAUAUAGCUGUUUGAUGGUUGAGUUGUAAUUGUAGUUUCCGUGUGUGUGUUUUGUUUUGUUCUGUUUUCUUUUGAUACAGAACAGUGUAUUUGUACCCCUGGGUUCAACGUUUCUGCCAUCUUCCUAUUGAUUUUCGUUUGCUCUGUGGACAGUGCAUGGUUCCAUCCUUUCCCUCCUGACCAACAUUUAGUUUUAACUCAUAAGGUCUGGAUUAAGGUUUCAGGGUUAGCACUAGGAUUUUGGUACAUUUUCUCAUUAGGGAUAAAUGAUGCACUAUAAGAAUAUAAAUGAUUCUACUAAUUGACUUAUUUGACAAUUACAUGGCUUAAGCUAGCUUUCGUUAUUUUAAAAAACUUUGUUUUAGUACUUUUUAAACAGUUUGCCAGGUUUGAAUGUAGAGAUUCUCUCCUUAUCAAGAAUGAUUUCUGGUUGCUUUUACCGUUAAUAAAUGCACCUAACCUAAACUCUCAAGGUAGUAACUUUUAAGAUACUUUGAAGUUUCCAUUCAGAUUAAAAUAAUGAUGGUUAAUGUUACUUUUUGAUUAAUUUUUUAAAAUUCGGUGUGUAGAAUCUGGUUGGAAGAAAGGCGGUUGAGUCUUCACUGAGUCACUAUAAUUAGCCCCUUACUUUGUGAACUGUCUUUCCUGGGGAUGCCGGAUUUCUCUCAGUGUGAGAUCUGGAAACUAUGUAAACAAAUACCGUUAUUUCAUGUGACUUCGUAUUUUAUAACAUUCUGAUAAAGGGGGCGGGAUGGCUUAUUUUGUUUUCUUUAAAAUAGCUUACCAUUUAUUUUCCUAUCUUGGAGGUAAAAUUGACCAAAGAAUGGACAUCCUCAUCUGGUGGCAUGUGCAUACAACUUUAGGUCUGCGUUUUACACGGUCUCCAAAGCCCUUUACUUCCUCAUUAGGGACUUGAAUCCGGUAGGAUGCACGUGUUUCUCCUCAAUAUCCAGCAGCUGGUCACCAGUCUGGGAGUGGAGUGGGCCUCAAUAGGUGGGAUUUUGUUCAAUGAAAAUUCAUGCAACGUUUUGGUAGUCGGGACACUUGGUAUUUAAACAGGACUUAGGGAUUCAGAACAGAAAAUCGGAGAGCUCACCUUCCUACUUGGCAAUGAAAUGAGAACACUUUUUCUCAGGAGGGAUGGCAGAGGCUUGUAUUAUUUCCAGAGUCCGUGGUAGAAGCGGUUAAUUCUAACGUGUCAAAUAUGGGGAAACAGGACCGGCAUGCUAGGAACCGGCAUCUGAUUGGGAGUUGUUGGUUGUUUUUGUUUUUGUUUUUUUCAGCAAUAGACGGAAACUUUCUAACUUCAUGGAAAUGAAACUAGUUCAUAUUAGCAAGCAUGACUGCUUUGGUUUUAUUUUUAAUUUCAUUAAUCUGCAUGUAGAUAAUGACUUGCGAAGGGCUUGCGUGCAAAAAUUAAGAUAUUGGCUGGCAGUUAAAUGCAUUAUUUGUAUAAUUUAUUGGGUAGAGGCUAAUUACUAAUGGUUUUUAGGUGCUUUCAUAGAGAGUUCGUUUUCAAAUUUUGCUUUUGUUUCCAAAAGUCGGUCUACGUUACAGAACUAAAAGAAGUACAAAGAACAGUGUUUAUAUUUAUUUAUGUGAGACAUUGUGCCAGAACAUACCAGUGAAACACCAUGAAUAAGUAAGGCAUGUAAUAUCUCCCAGAAUUACAGAAAUAAAAUCACUUCUAAAAUGUAGCACAAUAAUUAGAGUUUAACUUUUAGUGACCCUGAACCUCCCUGACUCCUGGCCUUCUCUUUCCUUUAUCUUUACCCUCAUUGAGAGCACAGUGUUCCCUUAAAAUUUGAGUUUUACCCAUCACAUUUAGUAAAAACAGGGACGCCAGUAACCUCAGUACUUAUCGGCCGUCCCCUUCCUCUGCCCUUGGUCUUUACCUUGUUCUCGAUGCCCUCAGCCCCUUAAUGUUCUUCGCUCUCUGCCCCUCUUUCUUGACCAGCACUCUUCCGCAACGCUCAACCCCUGAAUUCUCUCAUAGACCUACUUUUCUCCAGGUUGGCUGCUGAGAUCUCCCGGUAGAACGGAGAGCUAGGUCAGUUCCCAAACAGGGAGACGAAGCCUUGUCAGAGUUCUGGUUGACCGUUACUUUUCAGAGACGUCUCAAAAAGUAAGGGAAGAUCACCUUCAAAACCACAAAGACCCGCCCUGACAAGGCUAAUCCGGUGCUUCUGUCUAUACGGAGCAUUUCUUCAGAUCCGUUCUUCACAGAAGGAAAAUGCAGUCAAUACAAGAAGUAGGUAUAUAGGCCUACUUAAGAAAACUUGCUUUUCCUGUUCGUUUUCAGACUUCUGUCCCUAUUUCAGCGGAGAUUACCGAGAGCCUGCCAGACCGGUCAUUUCUGUCCGGUAUUCAGUUGCCGGGCAAAAUUCUUUACCCCAAUUUUAGUGUUUUUUCUUGAUUUUAAAUCCGCAUUCAAGUGAAUUAUUUAUGGCUGUAUGAUGAAGCUGAGAAGUGCUUUGGUUGAUGUGGUUGAAGCAACAAUUGUGCAAAUUCCGUUUGCGGGGUGUGCCCUUGGAAUAUUGUGCAAAUUGGGUCAGAAGAAGUGGGGGAGGGGCGGCGGCUAAGAAGAGAGUCCGGAAGAACAACAAGCCUCCAGGGGAGGGGAGGCGAGGGGAGGGAGGCCGCAAACAUCUGCCCCCAGAGAUGGGGAGCUCUGCCCUGGUCUCAGAUGCUCAGAAACUGGAUCUUACUCGGGCUUGGAAGGUCUGAAAUGAUACUUCAUCCUUUGGUUUUUUCAUUUGAAUUGAUACAAGACCAGGGUAAGAUGCUACCCCAUGGACGUUUAUCUCUAGAAAAUGUGAUUGCUUCCAACGAAAUGACUAUCCCAAACUCUCUGCCCCUGGACAUACGUUGCCAAACUGAAAUUUGAAUUUUCUGAAUAAAUUGGUGAUGUCUGGAA